AUGCUGUACUUGAAACUCAGCUCCGUCGCUGUGCUAUGCGGUCUCUUGAGUAUGGCAGUCGCGGCUCCCGUGGAAACCCGUGAGGCUAAACCGAUUGUGCCCGGGUACCUCCUAGUGCCUGUCUAUGACAUUUCGGUGGUCCUCAGCUGGGAGCUGAAGAAGUUCUGGAAAGGAACCGCGUCUAUUCAGUGA